CGGAGCGAGCGGCCGGCGUCCGGAGGCUUCAGCCGGCCGGGCCUCGCAGCCCCCUGAGCCCGGGACUGGACCGGCCCAGCCGAAGACUUUCCCCGCUCUGCCCUCGGCUCGCCCCUCCCUCCCUCCCUCUCCCUCUCGCUCUCUCUCUGCCGUUAUCACGGACAGGACUGGAGCAAAAAAGUUAAUUUAUUUUUAAAGCACAGAUAAAUUUUUAAAAGCACCAGAAGACCGAAGUGGAACGGAAAUAAGAAAGAGAACAUUAGUCAAAUCUCUUGCUGGGUGGAGAACCAAACACUGAGACUCGCCCCUACUUUUUAAAUGUUGUUUGUAAAUUUCCUCUGCUUUCUGGCCGACCGUCUCAAGUCCAUCUGAGCUCCAUCACCUCGGCCCUGGACACUGCUCCCGCCCCGCCGGGCCGCGCAGGCAGCUGAGGACGGCUGCAUGCACAGCUGAGCAAGAUGCAUUGUGAGAGGUUUCUAUGUAUCCUGAGAAUAAUUGGAACCACGCUUUUUGGAGUCUCUCUUCUCCUUGGAAUCACAGCUGCUUAUAUCGUUGGCUACCAGUUUAUCCAAACGGACAAUUACUAUUUCUCUUUUGGAUUAUAUGGUGCCUUUUUAGCAUCACAUCUCAUCAUCCAAAGCCUAUUUGCCUUUUUGGAACACAGGAAAAUGAAAAAAUCUCUAGAAACCCCCAUUAAGUUGAACAAAACUGUUGCUCUUUGCAUCGCUGCAUAUCAAGAAGACCCAGACUACUUACGAAAAUGUUUGCAAUCUGUGAAAAGGCUCACCUACCCCGGGAUUAAGGUUGUCAUGGUCAUAGAUGGGAACUCGGAUGAUGACCUGUACAUGAUGGACAUCUUCAGCGAAGUCAUGGGCAGGGACAAGUCAGCCACUUACAUCUGGAAAAACAACUUCCACGAAAAGGGUCCUGGUGAGACGGAUGAGUCACAUAAAGAGAGCUCACAGCACGUGACACAGUUGGUCUUGUCCAGUAAAAGUGUGUGCAUCAUGCAAAAGUGGGGUGGAAAACGAGAAGUCAUGUACACAGCCUUCCGAGCCCUGGGACGAAGUGUGGAUUAUGUGCAGGUUUGUGACUCCGAUACCAUGCUGGACCCUGCCUCAUCUGUGGAGAUGGUGAAAGUUUUAGAAGAAGACCCCAUGGUUGGAGGAGUUGGGGGGGAUGUCCAGAUUUUAAACAAGUAUGAUUCCUGGAUCUCUUUCCUCAGCAGUGUGAGAUACUGGAUGGCUUUUAAUAUAGAAAGGGCCUGUCAGUCGUAUUUUGGGUGUGUCCAGUGCAUCAGUGGACCUCUGGGAAUGUACAGAAACUCCCUGCUGCAUGAGUUUGUGGAAGACUGGUACAGUCAAGAAUUCAUGGGCAACCAGUGUAGUUUUGGAGAUGACAGGCACCUAACAAAUCGGGUGCUGAGUCUGGGCUAUGCCACAAAAUACACAGCUCGGUCCAAGUGCCUUACUGAAACACCAAUCGAAUAUCUCAGAUGGUUGAACCAGCAGACCCGUUGGAGCAAGUCCUACUUCCGAGAGUGGCUGUACAAUGCAAUGUGGUUCCACAAGCAUCACUUGUGGAUGACCUAUGAAGCAGUCAUCACUGGAUUUUUCCCUUUCUUUCUCAUUGCCACAGUAAUCCAGCUCUUCUACAGGGGGAAAAUUUGGAACAUCCUUCUCUUCUUGCUAACUGUCCAGCUGGUAGGGCUCAUAAAAUCAUCUUUUGCCAGCUGCCUCAGAGGAAACAUCAUCAUGGUCUUUAUGUCUCUCUACUCAGUGUUGUAUAUGUCAAGUUUACUUCCUGCCAAAAUGUUUGCAAUUGCAACAAUAAACAAAGCUGGGUGGGGCACAUCCGGAAGGAAAACCAUUGUUGUCAACUUCAUAGGACUCAUCCCAGUGUCAGUUUGGUUUACAAUUCUCCUGGGUGGUGUGAUUUUCACCAUUUAUAAGGAAUCUAAAAAGCCAUUUUCUGAAUCCAAACAGACAGUUUUAAUUGUUGGAACAUUGCUCUAUGCAUGCUAUUGGGUCAUGCUGUUGACACUGUACGUGGUUCUCAUCAAUAAGUGUGGCAGGCGGAAGAAAGGACAGCAGUAUGACAUGGUGCUGGACGUAUGAGCGUAUCUGGUUUGGCAUCUGCAGUCACACUCCCCUGACUCCCUCUUGGGGCUGUACAGUUUGUGGCCUCUGUGCCACCAAGGAGAUACAUCACUGCUGCUGCAACUUGAACAAAGACACUUCUAUGGGUUUCUUUUGAUUCUGCCAAAGUAAAAUGAUACAUCAAUAAGCAGACCCUGCGGUGUAACCUGUUAUGUCUAUGAAAAUGGAAUGAAUUCCUUGUUUAUGCACUUUGUCCUUACUGUGCGUCCGCCUGACAGUGUUGCCCUAUAUACCUCACUAGCCGUGCUUUUUGUGGGUUACCAUGGAAGAAAAUGUUGGAAACUCAAGGAAAAGUUCUUUCAACCUGUACAACCUAACUUACAGACUGUUUGAUAGCUAAUGUUUUGGAAGGAUUUUCUCUUUUAAUUAUACCAAAUGAAAUGCCAAAGGAAAUCUUAAAGGCCGUUGGCUGUGCUGUAUCUUGAUGUAAUUGUACUGUGUUUUACAAUUUUGUAUGCCAAUUUUUAAAACAAAUUUUGCAUAUUCUAUAUUUUACUUCUCUGCCAAAAUACACCUGUUCUUUCUUUUUUUUAAUAAAAUAGGUUCUGAAAAAAUUCAUACUUAAAAAAUACCUGCCCAAAAUGUGAAGCUUGGUUGACUGAUUUUUAUGAUAGAAUAAAAUGUUUUUCUGUCUUUCUACCUUUUAAAACUGAAUAGUUUGUGAAAAUGUUUUAAAACUUUCACUAUUUUAACUUUAUUUUCAUUUCUUUUGGAGAAGGUCAAUAUACCUGUCACACUUUGGGAGUAAACGUAUUUACUGAUAUACAAAAAUAAAUCAUUGGAAAUUAAGGCCAAAGGGGUAGAAACGUGCAAUUUUUUUCAUGCAAUUUUUUAAAAGGGAGGCUAGUCAUUGAAAGGAAACACUAGCCCAGCACUGGACAAAACCUGAGCAUCAGGGGUGAAUAAUCUGUAGAAAUUCCUUCAGGUUUCCCAGGCCAAGUCAAAUGGGAAGCAGAAAAUUCAUGUAUAUAAUUUGGACAAAUACAACACAGUGCUACGUAUGCAUGUGUUUUACCUGUCUAUAUUUUUCUGCUUGCCAAUUCCAUAUUACAUGUUAGUAUGAUGUUUACAUGGGUGAAUUGGAUAAAUUCUAAUAAUUACAAAGUGCAGAUUCAAAAUCGACAGAUUGAAGUUGUUUUACCUUCCAUGGGGGUUUCUUCUAAACUGUGCCAAUAAUGGCUUCAUUUCUUCUGUUCUUGGCAUCCGUAAAGAUGUCUAUGUAGUAGAAAUGAUAGCAAGGUUUAAUGCAUAUAUCAAGAAUUGGCUUACCUAUAUAAAAAUAAUAAACCAGGCACUCUAAACUUGACCAGGUACCAGGGAGCCUCAGUGAUGCAGUUUGGCCCGUUGCAUGGUCGAUCUUGCCGUGUAGCUGGUGCUGUGUAGACCUGUGUUGAACACAAUCAGAAAACACAAAGGAUACUGUGGUGAAGCAGACACAUGAAGGUACGCUUUCUGCCUUAAUGCUUCCUCUCCUGCAGACAACUACGUUACAUUCUAAGAAAAAGCUGCACAUUCUACCUUCUGGGAACAAAGAGUUACAUUCACAUUCUCAAACUCUCACUCAUCCGAGAGCUUGUGAGACAAACACAUCAUGCCGAUAAAUGAUACUAAAACUUGAGUUUGCCUUUUUUAAACUAUUUAUGUUCUAAGUUAAGCUUUUAUAACAUUCGAAUGUCAGAUCUCUCACUUAUAAAAAUUGAAUUAAUUGCCUGUAUUUAUUUUAGCAAUUAUUCAAUGUAUUUUCAGUAUAGGAUGUAUAGUAUAAUUGAUUGUUUUGUAAAUAAAAUAUUUUUGAUAAGAUUAUCGCUGUCUUUUUUAGGGAAGGGGGAAUUCUCUUUCUGAUUGUAAUGGUAUGGAUUUAAGAAUGGGUAUAUAGAAAAAAGAUCAUGGUUGGUCAAAGAUAAUAUGUCAUUUCAUGAUACUUAGGUAGUUAUCCCGCAAAUUGGUAUGGUUUUAAAAUCUGUAAAACUUAAGAGACACACACACACAAACACACAGUUACCUUUGUCUCUGAAUUUCUUUUAUGUCCUUUGAAAGCAGCUCAAAUUCAUACAAAAGUGUUUUUUUAUAGUAACUUAUAGCAGGAAAAAGAACUCACUGAUGUGAAGAAAACUAUGAGCAAAUUUGUUCAUUUUAGUAUUAUGAAAAAUAAUAGCAAAAUCUUAAUAUAAAAUUAAAUAUGAGGGCAAUGAUUAAAUGAAUUGUGGCUUAUUCAGACAAUGAAGCAUGGUUAGC